AUGGUAUGCAAUAACUCUUCAUUCAUUUGCUUGCGCUUGGCCUCUUCUGCUGACCACCAUCAGCGUUCUUAUAUUCAGCAUCAGCAUCAGCAUCAGCAUCAGCAACAUUCAUCGCCAACAUGCGAUCGUUGCACCGUCCAGGAGCGGCUGCCAACACAACUUCUGUUCAUCGAACAAUUUCAUAUUUUUGUGGGCGAUUUGAGCUCAGAAAUCGAGACCCAACAAUUACGCGAAGCUUUUACGCCAUUUGGUGAAAUUUCUGAUUGUCGCGUUGUACGCGAUCCACAAACAUUAAAAUCAAAGGGUUAUGGAUUUGUGUCAUUUGUCAAAAAAUCGGAGGCUGAAAGCGCCAUCACAGCUAUGAAUGGACAAUGGCUCGGCUCGCGUUCGAUUCGAACGAAUUGGGCCACACGAAAACCGCCAGCGAGUAAAGAGAACAUCAAACCAUUGACAUUCGACGAGGUCUACAUUCAAAGCAGCCCCUCAAAUUGCACCGUUUAUGUGGGUGGUGUCAACAGCGCCUUAACUGCGCUCAGCGAGGAAAUCCUACAGAAGACCUUUUCGCCAUACGGUUCGAUACAAGAGAUACGCGUCUUUAAGGAUAAGGGCUACGCAUUUGUGCGCUUUUCAACCAAGGAAGCCGCCACACAUGCCAUUGUCGGCGUACACAAUACGGAAAUCAAUGCGCAACCUGUUAAGUGUUCGUGGGGCAAGGAGAGCGGUGAUCCGAAUAAUGCACAGACAAUCGCCAGUCAGGCGCUUAAUCCCGCAGCAGCUGCUGCAGCCGGUUUCCCGUACAGUGUUGGGGCAGCCGCAGCUGCUGCAGCCGCCUAUGGGCAACAGCUGGCCGCCACCGGUUGCUGGUAUUCACCAACGCCAACGUAUUCCGCUUCGUCGACCACAGCGGCCGUAACACCGGCUGCUGCCGCCUCCGCAGCCGCGGUGCAGAAUCAAUUCUUGCAAGGCAUUCAGGGAUAUCACUUCGGACAGUAUGGUGGCUAUCAGCAAGGAUAUAUGGGCAUGGGCGUACAAAUACCCGCCACUUGGCAAGGCGUUGCUACCCAAGCGCAAAUAUCUCCCGCUCAACAGUUGGCGACGGGCGUGCCUGGUGCUGCCAUACCGCAAGCUGCCGGCGUGGUCGCCUAUCCGAUUCAGCAAUUUCAAGUGAGCCCACAGGUUUAUCCUUUACUUUUGCAGGCACAGUAAACCCACAUAUAAGAUAGCAUAAAAUCCAUUAUGAAAUAAGUCAAAUGAAAAUAUCAAAAACAAAAAACGAAGAAGAAAAAAUUAAUAUAAAUGAAAUUUGCAGUAAAAAAUAGUGGUAGUUUGGGGAAAAUGCUAAAAAAUAAAAAUUUAAAAUAAAUGUGUAAAUAUAUUAGAAAAAAAGCACAGUAAAAAUUAGCCACUUAGUGUACACAGAAAAAAAUAGAACACGAAAAAUUUACACACAAACAAUCCAAACGAUAUUGUACUGUAGAAAUUAUAAAAAUAUCGAUUAUUUUGCUGCGUUAAAAUAAAGACAAGUGGCAAUGAAAUUUAGCUGAAAAAGUAAGAAAAAAUAUACGGUAUUACUAACAUAGGAGUGCACACAUACAUAUGUAAAUAUGUAUGUACUUAUGUGAAAAUGCCAAAAACAAAAAAACAAAACAUAACAAAAAACGUAUGAAGGACGACGAGUUGGUAGUUCGAAAACAGCACUAUGUUAAAAAGCAAAAACAGCAAACAACAAAAAAAAAAACAAAAACAAAAAAAGUAGAAUAGUUGCAAUAAAACAUUAGAUUUGUGUACGUAAUUAAUAUUAGCAGCACAUGGUAGAAACUUGACGAACAAACAGAGGAACCAAUACCGAUUGGCGACACAACAAAAAAAAAACAAGCACUAAGCACAAUGCAAUGCAGCUGCAGAGCAGAGAAUGCAGCGAGCAAAGUAUGGGUGUGCGACAAGGCAGACAGCAAACCAUGAGACGAAAUGUAAGCAGAUUAUUGCAUAACAGCACAUCGAAGCGAGUGAGAGCGCCUAAUGUAGUGUAUUUGUAAUGGAUCUAAUGCAAAGUUUUGUUGAGAAAUUGAGAAAUAUAUGUACAUGAAAGAUAAAUAUUAAAAAUAAUACUCACCUAAACACAACUACAUGCACACACACACACACGCAAACACACCAUAUGCAUAUGUACAACAAUUACUAAUAUAGUAGGCGCAUAAAUGUAGUGAAUGUAAUCGGCUAUUGGGCGCAGGAAUUGAAAUAAAAAAAAAAACAGAAGAGAAUUCUCUUCUUAUAAAUAUGAACGUGGUAGUUAGUUGGGUACACAUACAAGCAGAUCUACUGAGAUUUGUUUAAAAAUGAGUUGCACAAGAGAAAUUAUAAAAGUCGCAAGAAAGCUGAAAUAAAAAACUAAAUUCUUACAUUGAUGCAAUUUUUCUUUGCUUAAUAAUUAUAAUUUUUUUUUUAUUAUUUCGCUACAUUCCAAAACAUGUAUGGUACAUUCCUAUGUAUGUACGUAAAUACGUAUGCCAAUAUUAAACUACAUACGACCACACACACACACGUACAACCUUUUGUAAUCUAAAACUAAUAUUGCACUAGUGCCUGUAUGACUAAAAGCAAAAAAAAAAAAACAAAAAAACAAAAAAACACUAAAUUUAAUAAUAGUAAAUACUUGAAUACUAACU